AUGUCACACCCAUCAGAGAACCCUCAAGUUCCGGUUCAUCAGCAUGCGAAGAGAAGAGACGACAACACGCCCGAUUCCGACGAAGGAACCUAUGUAUACGAUGGCCCCAACAACGGGACCGGCAAUCACCUGCGGGUAGAUACCUCGUAUGACUAUGACAGCUCCGCCUUGCGCUCGCCUGCCACCGCACGAGAAGAGUCGAUGCGUCUAGAAGAUGAUCUGGCUGUGCUUGAGGCCGAGCGGAUGGCAUCCCGCUCCACCACGCAAGAAGGGUCGAUGAAGAAGGGCGAAGACGAUGGCGCCUCCAUGGCCCGUUCCCGCUCUCGUCCGUCGCAGCAUGUCGUCGAUGAAUUUGAUGAAGCCACCAAUCCGUUGCACGAGAAGGCUGCAGUCUACAACCCUCCCGAGAAUCCCAAUACCAACAUCGCCAGGUUCAUCAAGAGGCUCCACGAGUCGAGUUUCAUCGUCCGCUACCUCACUUACAUUGUGCCAUUAGUCCUGAUUCUCUUGAUUCCUUUGCUAGUUGGUGCGUUGGCCUUUCCUGAUGCUAAUGUCGGUGGAGUUCAACUACUUUGGUUCUCGGUCUGGCUGGAAAUUGUCUGGUUGACGCUUUGGGCCGGAAGAAUCGUCUCCAAGUUCAUCCCAGUUCCAGCUGGUUGGAUCGCCAGCAUCUUCACGAACAAUGCUAAGAAAUGGCGUGAUAUGGCCAAACAGCUGGAGCUACAUGGCACCUUGUUCUUCUGGUGGCUAGGCGUGGAGAUCUCGUUCUUGCCCACUAUGAAAAACCACCACGUCGAUGGUAGCCACGGCACCAAGUCUUGGGAGAAUACAGUCAACAAGAUUAUCAUCUCGGUCUUUGUGUGGACGAUUUUGAACCUUGUCGAGAAGGUCAUCAUCCAGUUCAUCGCUAUUAGCUUCCACACCCGUACUUAUGCGGACCGAAUCGAGAUCAACAAGUUCCAGAUCGGCAGUCUGACCAAACUUUACGGCUUUUCCCGACGCAAGAUCACGGCCGAAGAUACCGAGUUCGAAGAAAAGGACCAGCCCACCACGAGCGGAAUGAAGACCCCACUGCACUAUGCUGGAAAGGCAGGACGUCUGGCUAAAGGUGCCUUGAACAGGGUGGGUGAUGUCGCUGGUGCCGUCGCCGCCGAUUUCACUGGCCGCACGGUUAACAACAGCAGUCACCCCUAUCAGGUGGUGUUGACUUUGUUGCGUACCACCAGCGGCUGCCAGGUCUUGGCUCGUCGACUCUAUCGGACUUUGGUGCGGGAUGGUUUCGAAACAGUCUUUUCCGGAGAUUUGAAGGAAGCCUUCGACAACAAUGAAGAGGCAGACGCCGCCUUCACUAUGUUCGACAAAGACAUGAACGGCGAUAUUUCGAUGGAAGAGUUAGAGGCAGUUUGUGUGGAAAUUGGGCGUGAGCGCAAAGCCAUUACCGCGUCCUUGAAGGACUUGGACUCUGUCGUCGGCAGACUCGACAAUAUCCUGGAAUUCUUCGUGCUCAUCAUCACCGUGAUUGUUUUCUUGACUCUGAUUUCCACUUCCGCCGCCGGUGUGCUGACAUCUGCUGGAUCCAGUAUUCUGGCACUGUCUUGGCUUUUCUCUGCCACCGCGCAGGAAUUCCUCCAGUCUAUCAUCUUUGUCUUCGUGAAGCACCCGUUUGAUGUUGGUGACCGUGUGACUGUGUACGGUAACGCGGGUGAUGCUGGACUGGGUGACGACUAUUUUGUCAAGCAGAUCUCGCUUCUGUACACGGAGUUCAAGAAGAUGCAGGGUCAUGUCGUGCAGGCUCCCAACAGUUAUCUCAACGGUCUAUUCAUUCUCAACCAGCGCCGGUCGGGUGCACUCGCUGAAGCAGUCCCAAUUGUCAUCAAAUAUGGCACCACUCUCGAGCAGAUCGACGCUCUUCGCCAACGCUUGCUGGAGUUUGUCCGUAGCGAGCGUCGUGAGUUCCAGACCAACAUUCUCACUGAGAUGCGCACAGUCACGGAGAACUUCUCAGUCACUCUCAACGUCGUCUUCUUCUACAAGUCCAACUGGCAAAAUGAAGGCCUGCGUCUGCAGCGCCGCAACAAGUUCAUCUGUAUGCUUAUGGUUGCCCUUCAAGAGAUCGGCAUCGAAGGCCCACGCAUGAACCUCCAGGGUGCCCGGGUGGACAUUCCGUUCCACAUCGCCGGGUUCCCGCAGCCCCCCAUGCCCACGACUCCUGGCAGCAGGGAUGGCAACCCUCCUCCGACUCCCCUUGGCGACCACCAUGGCUCUCUCCCCGAGAACUCCGGGUACAGCAGCGCCACUCGCCACCCGUCCAUCCUCCGCAAAGGCAUGAACACAGCCGCGGCGCGCGCUCGCGGCGACUCAAUGCUCUCCCGCAAGCACGUGGACUUUUCGCUCGGUAUGCGGGAUAUCUCGUCCGGCGACGUUAUGGGCGAUGUCUUUGAAGACCGCCGCACCCGGAUCGAGGAUAUCGUUCGGAUUGCCAACCGCGAGAACACCGAACGUCGCAUCCAGGAAGAGGAGGAAGAGGAGGCCGAGCGCCAGAGCCGAGUCUCUUCCUCCCGUCGCCGCAGCAAUUCCAAUCUGAGCGUCCCAUCCACUUCGCGCGCUGGUCGCCGAUCGGUCGACUCCCAGGGCGGUCACAGUGUGGCCUCGGUCACGCACAAUCGCUUCUUCCGCCAUCAUCGCAGCAGCAUCAGCCGCGAGCCGGAGGAUCUGAUGGAGCAGGGCCGCUCGGACCAGGGUGCCAGCACCGGCGCCGCGGGCCCCGAGCUCCAUCCCACCGUUUCUCACCCCGCUGAGAAGCAAUAA